GAAUCCUCUUCCCGAAGAUCGAUCCUCAGGAUGAGCUGCAAGACGCCACCCGUACUCCAGGAGCUGGCAGAGGACAGCCUCCUGAAAAACCAGGCCUUGGCUGUCGCCGCCCUGGAUGAUCUGCCCUCACUUUUCUUCCCGUCACUGUUCAAAAAGGCCUGCAGACACAGACUGGUUGGGAUCAUCAAGGCGAUGGUGCAGGCGUGGCCCUUCCCCUGUCUUCCACUGGGGGCCAUGGUCAGUAGGAAGACUGCCUACAGGAGAAUCUUAGAGAUUGUCCUGUAUGGGUUUGAUGCCUUGCUUUUCCAGGAAGUUCCCCACAGGAGGUGCAAGCUGAAAGUGCUGGAUUUACGGGUCAUGCCUUUGAAGCUGUGGAACAGGUUGCCCGUGUUCGGGACUGCUGGCUGUAGUGAGAAUCCAGCCGUGCUGGGCCAUUCAGGAACACGGGUGAAACAGCCAGUGAAGGUGCUGGUAGACAUGGUCCUCAAGGAGAGCCCGCUGGAUUCCACGGAGGCCUUCCUCGUUCAAUGGGUAGACAGCAGGAAUGGUUUGGUGAAGCUGUGCUGUUGCAAGCUGCAGAUCUGGGCAAUGUCCAUUUACUACCAUAGGAAACUCUUGGAGAUCUUGGAUCUGGACUCUAUCCAGGAGCUGCGUGUGUACUGCAUCAGCAAUCCCGUCUGCCUGCUUAACUUCGCCCCUUACCUGGGCCGCAUGAGGAACCUGCGCUGUCUCAUUCUCUCUCACCUCUGGCAGGCCUUCUCCAUGACUCCAGUGGAGAAGCAGCAGGUCAUCACCCAGUUCACCUCUCAGUUCCUUAAACUGAAAUGCCUCCAGAUCCUGCAUCUGGACACUGUCUUCUUCCUAGAGGGCCAUCUGGAUGAGCUAUUCUGGUGGCUAAAGACACCCUUAGAGACCCUGUCAGUGAUUGAUUGUAAUCUCUCAAAAUCAGACUGGAUCCAUAUAUCCGAGUUCCAGUGCACAAGUCAGCUGAAACACCUGAAUUUGAAAUGGGUCAAACUGACCCAUUUGAGCCCUGAGCCCCUGAGAGUUCUGUUACUGAAAUCUGCAUCUACCCUGAUUUCCCUGGAUUUGGAGGGCUGUCAAAUGAUGGACUCCCAGCUCAGUGCCAUCCUACCUGCCCUAAGAUGCUGUACACAGCUCACCAAGUUUAAUUUCCACGGGAACUACAUCUCCAUGCCUAUCCUGAGGGAACUGGCACAUAACGUCGUCAAGCAGAAAUCCCAACCGUCAAAGAUCCACUUUAUCCCAAGCUGUGAUCAUCACAGUGGUCUGGACUUCGAAGUCAUUUCUCAGCCUCAUAUUGUGUUUGUAGAUGUGGAGAGGACUACUGGGCAGCAAGAACAGGUCUUGUUUUAUGCUGUCUGCUCUGGAGAAUAUGUGUUGUGAUGUCCCUCUGAUGGGUUGGGACUUGUUGGGCAUCUCUAAUGAGAUGCAGAUUGACGCUCUCCUGUGGACACUGGGAGAUGGAGGGCAUUACACAGGUGUCGUCUGGUCAGAGUAUGCCCAGCACAUGGUUUUAGACUGUUGUUCUUCUGAGUGGUAGGGGAAAAGGAUGCUAGAGUGCAAAAAAGUGAGAGUGUUUGACAUAGGGAGUGUGAGACAUCGACAGACGUCAUGGGUUCUGGUUGGGCAGGUGCAAAAGGGCAUUCCUCCAGCCUGGUGGUUUUCGGAUUUUAUGGUCGAAAACGGGACUGGCCUACCUGGAUGAUUUGAGUCCUAUGACUGCUAGAAACAAACUUGAACUCCUGGCUCUUCUGCUUUCGGCUUCUGCGUGCUGAGCUUAGACUUAAAAUACCACACCUGGUUCCUUACAGCUCCUUUAACAUCGUGGCUGUGCAUACGUUUUCUAGUCCAACACUAACAUUGAGUAGCAGUUUUUGUGGGACUAGAGAGAUGGACUUAGCAGUUGAGAACACUUGAUGCUUUUUGUAGAGUACCUGGGUUUGAUUGAUUCCCCAGAUCCACAUGGUGGCUCAGCCAACCAGAACUACUCACAGGGCACACGAGGCAUGAGUGUGGUGCAUUAGUCUUGCAUAUACGUGAAACACUCAGGCAUGUACAUCUGAAAUAAUUUAAAUACUGGUUUGUAUUGCUGACACCGAAUGUCUUGGGUCAGCCAGCACCCAGCAUUACUGUGACAGACACUGUUAAGUCAUAUAUUUAUACUCAUAAAAUGCCACUUAUGAGCUUAGGAAAUCGAACCAGGAAUGUAUGGACAAGUAGACAAACUCUAGCAGAAAAAAAAAGAAACCAAGCUUUUAUGACAAUAUUAGACACCCUAGACCACUGUUGGAUGCAGUUCCCAUCCUGAUUCAUCUAAAGAGGACAUCAGGUACUGGGGCCAUGAUAAUGUGUGUUCUCAGGCUGGGUUGAUAUGAGCUCUGACUCUGUCCCUAGGCUGCAACAUGACAUCCCCCACUGCUGGGCCUCUUUAAUUGUUUUGCGGUUAGUGUGCUGUCUCUCCAGAUGAGGCUGUGGUUAAACCUCAGGUGGCUGUGUAUCGUGCUCACUCCUUCCCUUUGCAAGACUUUCAUGGAACCAGAAGCUUGAUGGUUCACCUAGGCCUAGACCUGUUAGCCAGAGGGCUCCCAUGGGUGUGCCGGUCUCUGCUGGAGCUGCAGGCUCAUGCCUCUGUGACUGGCCUUU